AUGUCCUACAGCACCUACUCAGAAGAAGACGACUUGGACAUCCGCAUCCGUCGCGGACGCGUCUCCCCCCAGCCCGUCAUCUUCCCCGAGCAUCGUUAUCGCCCAGCGCCUCGCCCCUACUAUGGCGAGCCCCAGCACGCCGGCACAGCCUACCUCGUGCCCGCCAUCACAGCAUCGGCUAUGCACCGCUCCCGCUCCACCGGCCACAGACGGCCCAUCUCCCCUCCGCUGCCAUCUCCGCAGCAGGCACCCAUCGUGAUCAACAACCGCAUCUACAACGACUACGAGGACGACGACUACCUGGCCCUCGCGCCCCACCAGCGCCGAAGCUCCCACUCCCGAAGCCGGAGCCGGCCCCAGAGCUUCGUCGCCGAUCCCAGGGACCAGUAUGAGCUCGAGCGCACGCGGAGGGAGCUGGAGCAGUACCGCGCAGUACACACCCGAGACGAGUACGAGCGUGACAAGACCCGGCGCGAGCUGGAAGCCUACCGGGCCGUGCACACGCGGGACGAGUACGAGAUGGAGAAGACGCGCCGGGAGCUCGAGCUCUACAAGCUCGAGAAGGACAGGCAGAAGGACGAAGACCGCAUGAAGAAGCACAUCGCUGCGGUCAAGGAGGACAUUGAGCUCCAGAAGGCGAAGAAGGAGUUGCAGGAUUACAAGGCGUCAAAGGAGAAGGCGGCUGAGGAGGCAAGGCUCAAGAGGGAGUCGGAGAUGCAGCAGUUGCUGGCGGAGAAGAAGGCCGAGGAUGAGAGGAAGAGGGCGAAGAAGGAGGCGGAUGCCGCGAUCGAGAAGUACAAGACUGAGCAGGCGGAGAAGGCGGCCAAGGAGAAGAAGGAGGCCGAGGAGGAGAAGAAGAGGGCGAAGAAGGAGGCAGAUGCUGCGAUCGAGAAGUACAAGGUUGAGCAGGCGGAGAAGGCGGCCAAGGAGAAGAAGGAGAAGGAGGCUAGGGAGAAGGAGUAUCAGACUCGCUUGCAGGAGGAUCUGCGCAGGUCUGGAAUGAACGAGAGACAGAUUGCGGCGGUUCUCAAGAAGGAUAAGGGCAUUGAUCCGAAUCGGCCAACUUACACGCGCAUGUCGAGGAGACAUUUGUCGAUCGAGACGCUGAACCGGUAUCGCAUCGAUUAUGAGUUUGAUCAGGACCCGGAUUAUGUGUUGAUUAAGCGAUGGGUACCGGAAUAUGAGCAAGACUUCCUGUGGACUCGUACGCGAGAGAUUCGGGAGCGCCGACAGCCGGUUGUGCUGUCUCUCGAAGGCAAAAAACACCACCAUCAUGAAACCGAGCUUGAGCUCGUGCGCAAGAAGAAGCAUGAGAGGAAGCCUUCUCCUUCUCCGCUGCUCACCUUCUUGGCCGGGGGCAGGAGGUAA